UGCGGUAAUCGCGCGGCAUGGAUUCAGCCAUCCUCGUAUAAUUUUGCCAAUAUUUAAUCAAAGAUACACACUAUCGAAGACAAAACAUAUUCGGGAAAGACAACAGCUUCUGUCCUCAUGAUGAGUGACGAUGCAGACAACCCUCCUGAGAGGGAAAUGAAGGAUUUUCAGUUUCGGCAGAUGAAGAAAGUUCAAGUUUUUGAGCCAACUGACGAUUUGCCUAAAGACAGAUCUAAUCUGCUUACCAUCUCAAACAAAUAUGGUUUAUUAUUUGUGGGGCUUGACCGAACAUUUAAAGUAUACUUAACUCAAGAUAUUCUGCUUGCUGAUAGAGCUGAAUGCAGCGCCUACGAUGUAGUCAAAGGGACACCAGUAUUGGCUCAGGUGACCGUGGAUCUGUCCCUGCUCCAUUUGGCGCUUAGUUGUGAUGAGCUCACUCUGUCAGUGUGUGGCGUAUCUGAGGGGGCCAGCUUAUCACUCACCUUUUACGAUGUUCGGACCUUCCUGAACAAGACGAAACCGCAAAAGCUACCAUUCGCGUCCCUUCGGCCAGCUGUGCAGCCUGGUACUUUAGUGCAGGACCUGAAGUGGAAUCCUGCUCAGGUUUCCUUGUUGGCCGCCUGUCUGUCUGACGGAAGUAUGAUGAUUCUGGAAGUUACCGACUUCGUGAAAAUACAAGCCCAGCUACCUUCUACAAGUGGCAUCACUUGCAUUUGCUGGAGUCCAAAAGGAAAGCAAGUCGCUGCAGGAAAAAUGAAUUCCACAGUUUGUCAAUAUACACCAACUCUAGAAGAAAAAAAGGUUAUCCCGUGUCCACACUUCUACACCUCUGAUGAACCAGUCAAAGCCCUUGAUGUGCUGUGGCUGAGAACGUAUAACUUUGCAGUGGCAUAUGCUGCUGCAGAUGGAUCCCUGGAGACCCCUCCUGAGAUAGUGUUGAUCUCUCUGCCUAAAAAGGAUGAAAAAGUGGAAACAAAGUAUCUGAACUUUGGAGACAUUGUGUAUGGCAGCUGCACUAAGAGACAACACCACUACUACUUAAGUCACGUAGAGGACUGGGAUCUGGUGUUUGCCGCAUCAGCAGCUUCUAUUGAGGUCAGCGUCAUUGCCAGACAAGACGACAAGAUGUGGGAGCUUUGGCUCCUGGAAGAUGCAAGCAGAGCUGAACUUCCAGUGACUGACACAAAUGAAGACACUCUGCCUCUUGGCUUAGCGAUAGACUACACCAGCCAGCAGGAGAUCUACAUCACGGACGAGAAGACCUUGCCUCCUGCGCCCACCAUGCUAAUGCUAUCCACAGAGGGAUUAAUCUGCCCAUUCGCUCUGCUGAACUUAAAUCCUGGGGUUAAGCAGCUCGUUUCACCCGCUACUGCCCUGGCCUUGGAGGGGGAAAGACUGCCGAAGCCAGGUUCUUUGGCAGCCCAACCGGCCAAAAUCGCUGCCCCAAUUUCAACUGCCCCACCAGCUUUCCCAAACAUUGGAUUUACUUCAGCAGCUGCUUCCACUCCUCUGAUCCCUGCCCCUUCAUCCUCCACUGUCCCAUACAGCAUUGGUCCUACAGCUCCUGUGUCGUCAUCUGCGUCAAGCUUUACUUUCUCAAUUCCAACUACCUGCUCCACCACCUCAGCCCUUUCAGCUUUCUCCCUGGGGGGAUCUGCACCUUUUGGCUCAGGACCUUCAAGUUUCUCUUUUGCCUCCAAGCCUCCCUCUGACACGGCCUCUGCACCUUCAGCAUUUUCUUUCAGUACCCCUUCCAUGAAACCCGCAGUGGUGGCCCCCCCACCUUCAACAUCCCAGAGCCUUGCCGCUGCCUCGCCAGCAACAGUCAGACUAAAUCUGAAUGAGAGGUUUUCAGCAGUGGAGACCACCGCACCAGCUUUUUCCCUGAAUGCUUCACUUCCCAAAGCUGUCACUUCCAGUUCCAGUAGUUUUACUGCACCUUCACUCCCAGCCACUAAGCCACCAGCUGUGUUAGCACCAGUGUGCCCAGUUCAGACCAGCACACCUUCCACAACUGUUCAGAAACCUGCUCCUGCUGCCCAAGGCCGUGGCCAAGCUCCACAGGCAGCUGUGAGUAUAAAGGCUCUGGAGAAGCAGCUGCAGCAAAAGAAGGACUCCGAUCCCAUUAUGGCAGGAAUUUUUGAGGAGAUUGCACACUUUCAGAAGGAGUUGGACGACCUCAAGGGACGGAGUGCAAAAGCUGACUUUAAGGUUGGCACGAAUGAUGAGAUGAAGGAGUUGAGAAAAGAGUCGGAGGACCUCCAUGUUUUCACCCUGGAGAUCAAGGAAACCACAGAGUCCCUUCAUGGGGACAUUGGCACACUGAAGACCACACUACUGGAGGGCUUUGCUGGAGCUGAAGAAGCCAAGACCCAGAGUGAGCUGAGCAGAGACAAGAAGUACAGGCAGCUGUUGUACAACAAACCUCUGGAUCCUCGGAGCGAGGAGCAGCUCAAGGAGAUUCGCAGGCUAUACCAGUAUGUGAAGUUCGCUGUGGAGGAUGUUAAUGAUGUCUUGGAUGUGGAAUGGGAGAAACACCUAGAGAAGAAAAAGAAGCAGAAACACAUGGUUGUGCCAGGACGUGAAGGCCUCUUCACCACGCUCUCCAACAACCUGUACAUCAUCAACCGGCAGAAGAACAGCCUGGAUCAGUUGAUUCAGGAGCUCAACACGCUGCGCCUCUACAACAAAACAGCAGCUCCUACAAUAAACCAAAAUACUGCAACAGCAACAACACCAAGUUUGGAAAGUGAACUCAAGAGUUUAGAAGACGCACUCUUGAAAGCCAAGCUGGAUACCACCGCUCCCGAGACAAAAAACAAAGCUCCAGUCAAGAUAUCAUCAGUUAAAUUGUCCCAACUGCGCAACUUCCUCUCAAAGGGACAGAUGCCCCCUGUACGGUCGACAGCACCAGCCAACUUGUCUCGCUCCGCCUUCCUUUCACCUAAAUAUUAUGAGGACUUGGAUGAUGCAAGCUCAACGUCAUCCCUGUCCCAGUCCCUAGAGCCUCACCCGCCUCACUUGGAGCUGGAGGAGGAGGAGGAGGAACUACAGCCCCUUCGGCCCCCAACUGCUGUGGCUCCAGCAUUGUCCACUCCUCGCCACCCCACAGUGGUGAGGACCCCCUCUAUCCAACCAGGGUUUGGAGCCAUCCAGUCUACGCCUCUGACAAAAAUUCACUCUGUACCAAACAUGGGCUUUGGACUCAGCCCUAUUGCCAGCCCCAUUCCAACCAACAAGAUCAACCUCAGUGGGGCUGAAAGCACCGCUCUUGCCACAAAGACUGUAAAGCAUGGAGCUCCGCCCCCAGAGAGAACCAUACCUGUCACCCUCCCCGCCCAACAGGCUGCAGCCACUGCUGCUCUGCGCAGACAAAUGGCCAAUCAGAAGACUGCUGUUGUCACGACCUCACUGACGGAGUCCACUUUAAAGAUUGUUCCCCAGGUGGUCAACAUUCAGGAGCUCAAAGACAAAGGGCCGCCUUCCAUCAUCAGCUCCUCAGGGUCUGAUCCCACAGCUCAGGCCUUCACAACAGUUUCUACAAAUCAAGUCAAACGGAAUACUGUCCCGACCAUGCAAAAGACUUCCAGUGAAAUUACAUCCACGCCACAGACGGGCUUUGUGUUUGGUCCGGCAGCCAAAGCAGACGGUUCUGUGAGUUCAGUGGAACAAAGCUCCAGCAAAGGUUUCUCCUUCACUUCAGGAUCGGCUUCAGGCUUCAGUUUUUCUUCAGUCUCGCAAGGAACUGGAAUGUCACAAGUGAAGGAUAUGAAUACAUUUCCCUUUGGUGGAAAUGGGAAGAUGGCGUUUGGCCAGACUGGAGAGGAGCCAUUUUCCCUCACCCCCAAGUCCAAUGCCCCGGGUCUUGGCACCGGGUCUCUCUCUGUGCUGCCGAGCGCUGCAGGUGAAGCAGCCAAUCAGACGUCCACCACAACUGCUUUCAGGACAGAGCCACAGCCGCCGAAGACCAUUGGGGGAGAGACACUGGGCAGUUUCUCUGGACUACGCGUGGGCCAAGGAGAAGAAGCUAAAGAUUCCUCCACCAAACCUGCUGCUGCAUUUACCUUUGGGGAUAGUGGACUUGGCAUUGGCAAGGGAACCCCGCAGUUUAGCUUUGGAGCAGGUCUCCAAAAGUCUGCUGAUGAUUCUACUGCAGCAAACCUGUCUAACGGGACGGUGUCAGGCAGUUUGUUUAAGCCCCCUGAAUCAAACACCAAGCCAGCUUUUUCUCUUCCCCCCUCCAGCUCAAGUGCCUCAGGUUUUCCUUCAUCGUUUGGUAGUCUUCUCACCGCUUCUCCAGAGUCAGUAGAGGAACUACAAGCUCCCACACAACAAACUACACCACCUCCUAAAAAAGAGCCCACUAGCAAUGAACCUGCUGUAGAAAGCCCCAAUCAACCCGCCGUGCCUGAGCCUGCAGUGGAUACAACCACAGCAGAGACCACAACAGCCACACCAACAUCUGCUGCACCAAUACCCAGCACCCCUUUGGUCACUAACGUCCCUGCCACAGACUCUCCCUCUCCCACUGUUGCACCCACUGAAGCAACCCCUACACCACCAGCCAGUGCUCCUGCCACAGUGAAAGCCACCCCAGACCUAUCCACCACUGCUGCUGGGACCACUUCAGCUGCUGCCACACCUGCCUCCCAGGUAGCCCCAGCAGCAUUCCAGGUGCCCAGUUCUGACAAACCAGGCUCCAUUUUCACUCAGUCUGCUCCUGCAACAACUGACAGCAGCUCCAUUGGGAUCACACCAGUGAUCAGCACAGCUGCUCCUACAGCCACCACUCCCACCUCUGUAGUUGUGAGCAACACAUCAACUACCGCUGCUGGAAAUGUGUUUGGGCAAGCUGUUGCCCCACCUGCUUCUUCAGCCCCAACAGCCACAGGAUUUGGCUCAUCUGGGUUCGGUACAUCACCUGGUUUUGGCAAAUCCGUGUUUGGACAGGUGGCUGGGUUUGGUCAGCCUGCCGGCAUCGGUGGAACAUCCAGUGGCUUUACUUUCUCCCAGUCAGCUUUUGGGGCAGGUUCUAGUGGUGCAACUACUGGAGGAGGUGGUCUUUUUGGUGCCCCCACUGCAACCAAUGCAAGUUCUUUCUCUUUUAGCACAAGCAGUGCAAACGCAGCCAGCAGCACUGGCUCAGGGCUGUUUGGGCAAAACACAACCCCUGGUUUUGGUCAGAGCUCUGGAUUUGGACAAGGAUCUGUGUUUGGAAGCAACACUUCCACCUCCCCAUCUUCAGGUUUCAGCUUUGGACAGCCAUCAGCUUUUGGCUGCUCCAGUGCCACCCCUGUAUUUGGCCAACAAUCAACUCCUGGAAACUUAUUUGGACAGCAGCAGCAGUCAGCCGGUGGGAGUGUGUUUGGUUCAACCAAUACGGCAGGCUCACCCUCUGGUGGUGGGUUUUUCAGCGGCCUGGGAGGUAAACCGAGCGAUGACGCUGCCAACAAGAACCCAUUUGGCACGGGUCCGUCCACCGGGGUUUUCGGGCAGGCGACUCAGGCUGGUACCCCCAGUCUGUUCGGGGAUAGUGGUGCCAAAAGCUUUGGUUUUGGUCAGUCCUCCUUUGGGGAGCAGAAGAGCAGUGGGGCCUUCACCACUGGCGCUGGGAGUGUUGCAUCCCAGGGCUUUGGUUCCUUCUCUACACCAACAAAACCAAGUGGGUUUGGCGGCGCUCCGGCGUUUGGAAGUCCCCCUUCUUUCGGUGGUUCCCCAGCAUUUGGAGGUGGGUCAUCAUUUGGUACGACCCCGUCUUUCAGCAACCCUGUUGGUUCCUCAACCAAUAAAGUGUUCGGAGAGGGAACAGCAGCUUCCAACAUGGGAGGAUUUGGGUUUUCCUCACCCAGCGCCCCCUCCUUUGGUGCUUUAGCCACUCAGAGUGCCCCAUCAUUCGGGGGCUUGGCCCAGCAGGGCACUGGAUUUGGAAGUCAGCCCAAUACGUUCUCAAGCUUUGGACAGCAGCCACAGACAGGAGGGUUUUCUGGAAACACUUUUGGAUCAAACCAGUAAGUGUGAUCAAGUUCCCAAUCGUUCGGUGGCUGGAGAAGCUAGUUUUACUAAACUUAGGAGCUCCUAUAGAAGCUAGAGAGACAUUUCUACCUGCAAUCAAGCUUUUGGAAAGGGAAAUACUGGAUUGCAUUUGCGUUGAACGGGUAAAAAAAAAAAGUUAUGUGAGAAUUACAUUUAAAAGUAUUUUCAAGCUGCUCGUGGAGUCCAGUUCACUAUCUACAUAUGUCAUAUUCUUGUACUCAUUUUUUACCAUUUGAAGUGAUCUUGGUGUCUUCCUGGGACAGCCAAACCUAGUACUAGUACUUUUACAAGCAGGAGAAUAUACAGAAUGUUAUUUAUUGAUGUGGUUCACAGCAUUGAUUAACAUGCUCCCAAGUUCAUUUUUUGCUUUACAUUUACAAAAAAAUGCAUUUAAAAACAUGCAUUUAUAUAGAAUAUUUAAAGAUUUACUUUUGAACUUUUCAGUCUUGGAUGCAAAUGUCAGAGAUUAUUAUUAUAGUUGGGCUACAUAUUAAGAUAAAGUCCAGACGCAUGUCAUGAUACAGUCUUAAAAACAUGUUCUGUGUGUCGAACCUUUGAAGAAAUUUGUGAAAUGAAACAAUCAUUAAUUUCACUUGGAAUGAAAAACAUUUGACUUCUUUUUUUGUGGUUGUUGUGCCAGCUUUUGAUGUAUAUUUUUAGAUGGAAA